AUGGCGGCGGAGGCGCGGGGGCGGUGGGCGGUGUCGGCGCUGCUGCUGCUGCUGCGGCUGCUCCACCCGGCCGCGCUCGUGCUCGCCAACACCGAAGGUGAUGCCUUGCAUAGCUUAAGGACUAACUUAAAUGAUCCUAAUAAUGUUCUACAAAGUUGGGAUCCCACUCUGGUCAACCCCUGCACUUGGUUUCAUGUUACCUGCAAUAAUGACAACAGUGUUAUCAGAGUUGAUCUUGGAAAUGCUGCGCUAUCAGGAACUUUGGUUCCGCAACUUGGCCAGCUCAAAAACUUGCAGUACCUGGAGCUCUACAGUAAUAAUAUCAGCGGCACUAUACCUAGUGAACUUGGGAAUCUUACAAACUUGGUCAGUUUGGAUUUGUACCUGAACAACUUCACUGGUUCGAUACCAGAUUCAUUGGGGAAGCUAUUGAAGCUGCGGUUCUUGCGUCUUAACAACAACAGCCUUUCUGGUUCAAUUCCAAAAUCGUUAACUGCUAUCACUGCACUCCAAGUUCUGGAUCUGUCAAAUAACAAUUUGUCUGGAGAAGUUCCAUCAACUGGUUCCUUUUCGUUAUUCACCCCUAUCAGUUUUGCGAACAACCCUAACUUAUGUGGUCCUGGCACCACAAAACCUUGUCCUGGUGCUCCUCCCUUUUCUCCACCUCCUCCAUACAACCCUACAACCCCUGCACAAUCGCCAGGAAGUAGCUCUUCCAGUACUGGAGCAAUUGCUGGUGGAGUUGCUGCUGGCGCAGCCUUGCUAUUUGCUAUUCCUGCAAUUGGUUUUGCCUAUUGGCGGCGCAGGAAACCGCAAGAGCAUUUCUUCGAUGUACCUGCUGAGGAAGAUCCCGAGGUGCAUCUUGGCCAGCUUAAAAGAUUUUCACUACGAGAAUUACAAGUUGCAACAGACGGCUUCAGCAAUAAGAACAUUCUUGGAAGAGGUGGAUUUGGCAAAGUCUACAAAGGACGGCUGGCAGAUGGAUCUUUAGUUGCUGUUAAGAGACUAAAGGAAGAGCGCACGCCUGGUGGGGAAUUACAGUUUCAAACAGAAGUUGAGAUGAUUAGUAUGGCUGUACACAGAAACCUAUUGCGUCUUCGUGGAUUCUGUAUGACACCAACAGAAAGGUUGCUUGUGUAUCCAUACAUGGCUAAUGGAAGUGUUGCAUCACGUUUAAGAGACCGGCCACCAGCUGAACCUCCACUAGAUUGGCAAACAAGAAGAAGGAUUGCAUUGGGUUCUGCUAGGGGCCUGUCUUAUUUACAUGAUCAUUGUGAUCCAAAGAUUAUUCAUCGUGAUGUCAAAGCUGCAAAUAUUUUGUUAGAUGAAGACUUCGAAGCUGUGGUGGGGGAUUUUGGUUUAGCCAAACUAAUGGAUUACAAGGAUACCCAUGUAACUACUGCUGUCCGUGGAACAAUUGGGCACAUUGCACCUGAAUACCUUUCAACAGGAAAAUCCUCUGAGAAAACUGAUGUAUUUGGCUAUGGAAUUACGCUUUUAGAGCUUAUUACAGGACAACGUGCCUUUGAUCUAGCUCGCCUUGCUAAUGAUGAUGAUGUCAUGCUUCUUGACUGGGUCAAGGGAUUGCUCAAGGAGAAGAAACUGGAGAGUCUAGUCGAUAAAGAUCUAGAGCACAACUACAUCGAUGUUGAGGUGGAAUCUCUGAUCCAGGUCGCGCUGCUCUGCACGCAGAGCAACCCCAUGGAACGUCCUAGGAUGUCAGAGGUUGUGAGGAUGCUCGAAGGCGAUGGUCUCGCCGAGAGAUGGGAGGAGUGGCAGAAGGUAGAAGUAGUACAACAAGAGGUCGAGCUAGGCCCUCAUCGAACUUCGGAAUGGAUUCUCGACUCGACCGACAACCUCCACGCUGAACAGCUGUCAGGGCCAAGGUGA